AUUCUUUGUUGCCGCAGGAGAGGUACGCUUACAGUGUGUGCGGCUGAGGUCAACGAUGUGGUCUUCACACGCCACUGGCAAACCGAAUUGCCUCAACCACUUCCCUCAGGUCAUGGUGACUUCUGAGCCAUGAGUUUACCCUUCUUUGCAAGUUCCUUUCUGGUCUUCCUACUACAAUGUCGUCCCGUCGCUGGCCAGGCUGCCGACGACUCUCCAUCACCACCACCAAUCAUUUUUCAACCCAGUAGAUACUGGGACGGCGAUGGCGACCACUGGUCUACCUUUGCUAUCCAAAUAGGAACUCCACCACAGGUCGUUCGACUCCUACCGUCUAUAACCGGCAACUCAAUAUUUCCAGUAGAGAAUCUCGCAUGCUACGAGACCACCGAUCUGGAAGUAUCCGACUGUCCGAAUUCGCGAGGCCUUGUUUUCGACCCAAAGAACUCAUCCACAUAUCAAGAUGAUGGGGAGGUAGCACUUCCCACAAACCCGGAGCACUGGCUCUAUCCGAAUGGCGAGCAAGCUAUAAUUGGCUUCGACAAUGUAACGCUCGACUACCCGCACUAUACCAACAUCAACCUACCCAAUGUUACAAUCUUUCCUUACCUUGGUGACGACUUCUGGAUCGGCUCUUUCGGCAUCAAUCCAACAAUCAAUGACACAGAAGCGGACGACUUCAACGUUGCUUUGCCCACCUUCAUGGGUGUGCUCCGUCAGCAGAACCUCAUCCCGAGUCUUUCAUGGGGUUACCAUGCAGGCGCAUGUUACCGCAAUCCACCAUUCCCCCAAUUUGCCAGUCUAACACUCGGUGGUUACGACAAGAGUCGCAUGAACGUCUCGACCAACCUCACUUUGAGUAGUCAGGGGGAUGAAUAUCGGCCCUUUCUCCUCGGCAUCGAGAGCAUCACCAUGAAAGACGAGGUACUCCUCGAGUCGCCUCUCACCGACGUCGGAUUAGACAAUCAGGUAACCUCACUCUGGCUGCCACUUGUGGUCUGUCAAAAAUUUGAAGAAGCAUUCGGCCUCAUUUGGAAUGCCACCUCCGAAAUGUAUUUCGUCAACGACUCACAACACUCGACAUUGAUCCAACAGAACCCGAACGUGACCUUCACGCUAAGCGACGGCUUGCCCGGCUCCACCGCUCGCUUGAACAUCAUUCUACCGUAUCAAGCCUUCGACCUGCAGACCACGCCACCCAUGGGCGAUAACAAAACACACAACUACUUCCCACUGAAGCAGGCGGCGAAUGAAAGUCAGUACACUCUUGGAUUGACCAUCUUCCAAGAAAUGUACAUGGUCGCGGACUACGAGCACGGCCCGAUCUCCUUGUUCCAAGUCCUAUACCCGACCAACGGGUCUGCCGAAAUCAUGACUAUAUGCGCGAAAAAUUCGACGACAUGUGGCUCGAGUGGCGGCUCGAGUUCGAAUGCUCUUUCCGCAGGUGCCAUUGCAGGUAUCGUCAUCGGCGCUGCUAUGGCCCUUCUCAUCAUCAUCGCCGCAGUAUGGUACAAGUGGCUUAGGAAGCCGAAGUACAUGCCCGCAUCGAGCCAGCGGGAUUCCAGUGGGACGUUCGGCGGCACUGAGAAAGCCGAGCUCGACGGCAGCGCCCGAACCCCGAGGAACGAGCACGACGGCUUCUACGCUCCUCAGAAGCCCGAGCUGGACAGUGGGUACGAGUCGCGUCAUGUACCGACAGGGAGUGGGAGUGGCACUGGGAGUCGUCCUGGUGAUUCGAGGAGCCAGCCUGGGGGCUCGGAGGAGGCUCAUGAGGCUGGUGGCGAAGAGCUGCAGGAGAUGGGGACCGCUACACUGCGUCGGUCGGAGUUACCUGGGGAUGGUGGGCGGUAUGAGUUAUAUGGGUCGAUGCCGAUGCGGUUUCGUAAGAUUUGAGAUAAACUCAAAAGGAAGUAUAGGUUCCAUAGGCUAUAAGCGGCAUGAUGUCUCAUGUCAUUAUGUUUGUACUUCGGUAAACCUUGACAAUGAUUUGGAAAUGGCAUGCAAGGCACUUUGCAG